CUGCCCCUCCUCUGUGAUUCCCCCUUCCCUCCAACUCUACGACCACAUCCUAACCCAGACCCGGUACCACAGCCACGUUUGCUUUCUAGGGACUUGCCUGCGUCUCCAUCUUGUACCUCAUGGUUUCCAGCUCCAGUUCCUUAAGCUCCCAGUUCAGACCCAACCCGGACUAUAGAUACCGACUGGCGAUCUGCCGCCAUACACGGCAAUUCUCCUUCCGUGCUCUGCGAUCUACUCUGGCUGCGAUGCGCCGGCACCAGCAGGACCUCUCUUUGACUCUCCCGAAACUUUGGGCCUCACUCACCCAGACCUGCAACGGACCCCCACUCUACUUCAUCCUACGGCAAUUCCACGCCUUCAACAAACGAUUCCUGGCUCACCUGGACUCCACCAAGGACCAUAAACUCGCCCGCCUCCAGGCCGCUCCUGCCACCGACACUCCGCGACGCGACCACCUGCAGGCCCCCGAGUCCCACGACGCCAUCUUGGCCACGAGGAGCAGUACCAGCACUCACCGCCUCCCGGACCGACCUCAGGCCCGGACCACCGAGGACACCACCGUCGCCGACCUCCACGUCAAUGCUGCUGCCGACCUUCACCUGCCCACCAAGGGCGCUGGUCCUCGCUGCCUCACCGGUAACUCUGACUAUCGCCCCCUCACCGAUUACGCCGACCCUCGCUACCUCCCCGAUUCCUCCGACUAUCGCCACCAUAACGUGACCGCCGAACCUCGCCGCCUCACCGGGGCCUACUCACUUCGCCACCUCACCGGGAUUGCCGAACCUCGCCGCCUCACCAAAGUUAAAGCUGUAUUUCUCAGUUCCUUUUCUGUUCAAAUCCAGGAUUGUGACUUUGUAUGA